AGCGAGCUUCGCCUGCACCUGAAUUCUCCAUCCUCUCCAGCAUCGAAACCUCCACGCAACAGCGCCAUGAGUCUGAGGAAGACAGGCAGCAGCCGGCCGGGAGCGUACUCCUCCUCUGGAGGGUUCAGCAGCAGGUCCAUGGGGUCCUACUCCAUCCCCAAAGUCAGGGCUGGAGCUCAUCAGACCAUUGGGCCUGUCACCAUCAACAGGAGCCUGCUGACCCCGCUGAAGCUCGACAUCGACCCCAACGUUCAAGUCGUUCGCACCCAGGAGAAGGAACAGAUGAAGAGCCUGAACAACCGAUUUGCCUCAUUCAUUGAUAAGGUUAGAUUCCUGGAGCAGCAGAACAAAAUGCUGGAAACCAAGUGGAAGCUGUUGCAGGAGCAGACCACCCCCUCUUCUGACACUGAGCCCAUGCUCAAGUCCUACAUCGCCAGCCUGCAAAAACAGCUGGACUUUCUCACCAAUGACAAACAGAGGCUGGACAUGGAGAACGGCGCCAUGCACAAACAUGUGGAAGACUACAAGACAAAAUUUGAGCAUGAGAUAAACAAGAGGAAUGACGCGGAGAAUGACUUUGUCAUGAUCAAAAAGGACGUGGAUGCAGGAUAUCUGUCUAAGAUGGAUCUGACUGACAGGGUGUCUGGUCUCCGAGAUGAAUUUGCCUUCUUCACAGCUCUGUAUAAUGCGGAGCUGCGUGAGCUGCAGGAGAGCCUGAAGGAGACCUCUGUGGUGGUGCAGAUGGACAACUCCCGCAACCUGAACAUGGACCAGGUGGUGCAGGAUGUCAAGGCCCAGUAUGAGGACAUCGCUGCCCGCAGCCGCGAAGAAGCUGAAGCCUGGCACAAAACAAAGUUUGACCAGAUGACUGCCGAAGCCACCCAGUAUGACAAUGAGCUGAAAAGCACCAAAAGGGAAAUAGCUGAGCUGAAGCGUGUGAUCAACCGCCUGCAGCAUGAGAUCGACACCGUGCAGACACAGCGUUCGAGCAUCGAGUUCAACAUAGACGAGGUGGAGCAACGCGGGGAAAAGGCUGUGCUGGACGGCAAGGUCCGCAUUCAGGAGCUGGAGCUGGCUCUGCAGAAGGCCAAGCAGGACAUGGCCCGGCAGGUCAGGGAGUACCAGGAGCUCAUGAACGUCAAGCUGGCCCUGGAUAUUGAGAUCUCCACCUACAGGAAGCUACUGGAAGGAGAGGAGGAAAGACUUGGACAGGAGUCCAUUCUCAACAUUCAAAUGGUGCCCACCAAAAAAGACGCCGUAGACAACAUCCCCCUGCAGAAAAGGCCGGGUCCGAUUUUCAUCAAGACGGUGGAGACCCACAACAGAACAUACAGCUAAAUCAGAGAACGCAGCCCCCCACAGUCACCCAGAGGACCGACUUCACUGUACAGCCACUGUACUCACUCAUUAAGACAUGUGUGUCCCAUCUGUUAAAAAUGAAUUCUAAUUUUCUGUGUUUGGUAAAAAAAAAGUCAUUUGUAUUCUUGUUCUUGGUUAUCUUUUUGAAAUAUACAUUAAAAAGUCCAUAUUAAGAUUCAAAUCAUGAUGUACCAGUUGAUAAACCAUGAAAUAAAAUGUAUACUAUCAUUCAA